UUGUGUCACUCUUCAUAGAGAGUCAGGUUUGGUACUGAGUUCUGCAGAAUGAAUUCUAAGGAGAACGUGUCGAUUGUUAUAGCAGCAAUAAUCACCAUCGCAUGCGCUGGUACAAUAGAUCAUGUUGUAUGGGGGGCUUCAGCGGAUGGACAAACAGGUCGAAUGGCAAGUAAAAUAUUCGUAGAGCAGGAUCCUUAUACUGAAGAAACGGUCUUUGAUGUCUACGAAAACGGAGUAAAUGGAUUUGAUUACCCAGAUGACUUGUCUAUUGAAAGUGAAGAAAUGAUUGACGCAGGUGGCUAUCCAAUGGAAUUAAGUGAGGAAAUCGAAGGAGAGCACUACGAAGUUGAAAAGCCUGAUCAAGUUGAAGAAAGAAAAACUGUAGAAAACGUUAAUCCUGUGUGUCCAGGGUAUUUUCGAGAUUUAAAUGACUGCAGGAGUUACUUUAUAUGUGACCAUUUUGGGAAAAGUGUAAGAAUGAACUGUCCCGGUGGCUUGUGGUGGUCCCCCAUAAUCUUAACAUGUGUUUCUCCUGAGAAUGAAGUCUUUUCCAAUGACAGUUACGCCAAAUGCGUGGUCCCUGAAAUCACUGAAUCAGCAGAUCCAGUGGCAGACUCUCCACCUACACACCCAAAUGAACCAACUGUAGCUUCCAGUCAAAAUUCCUAUGAAGACGGAUACGCGAAAGGUUACGUUUACGCUACAUGUACCGUUCGACCAAAUGAAGUACCUCCCGCAGGCGAAACACAGCUCAUCAAGGGUACUGUAGACUUCAGACAGAUGGCCGCUGGUGGCAAAACUGAAAUAAAAGUCAGUCUACAAGGAUUUGAUACAACUGAUGCUAAUAUAUACCAUGGCUUCCAUGUUCAUGGUACUGGAGAUCUGAGCAAUGGAUGCCAAUCUACAGGAGGUCACUACAAUCCGUUUAGUAAAACCCACGGUGCACCUUCAGAUUCUGAACGACAUGUCGGUGAUUUGGGAAACAUAAUGGAAGAUAACGUUGGACUCGUACAGACUACUAUUACUGACAGCCAGGUUUCCAUUGUCGGUACUUACUCAAUAUACGGAAGAGCCAUUGUAGUUCAUCAGAAAAGAGAUGAUUUAGGACGUGGAGGCGAUGCUGGAAGUAAAGCAACUGGGAAUGCUGGGGGACGACUGGCGUG